CAAUGAAGAAGAGGGAUAGCACAGGAGUAGACACCACCUGCAGCUACAGAAACAGCUCCCAAGUGCCCAAGUUUAACCCAGCUGAGGUUUACCAAGAACUGAGGAACGUCACAAGUGGCAUCACCAAGUUAGGAAUCUACAACCUGGACAGCAAGAGCCUCUAUAUCAAUGGUUACAACGAACCACUUCAGAGAUCAGCUCCAAGCACAACUACUGCAUCAGGACCAACAACCACGAAGUUCACCCUUAACUUCACCCUGACCAACCUCCCGUACACCCCAGACCUGGAUGUCCCAACUUCCCGCAAAUUCAUUUCCACAGUGAAUGUUCUCAACCACUAUAUUGACCCUCUGUUCAAAAGAAGCAGCGUAAGCUCUGCCUACACAGGAUGUAAAACUAUGAGGUUCAGGUCUGGGAGACACAGGGAUGACACAGGAGUAGAUGCCAUCUGCAGCUACCAGGACAGUGCCAGCCUGGCCAGGUUUGACAGGGAACAGGUUUAUCGGGAGCUGAGCACCAUGACAGAGGGUGUCACCAAACUGGGGCACUACAGCCUGGACCAGAACAGCCUGUAUGUCAAUGGUUUUCCCCUCACAGAAACAGCUACCACCAGAAAGCCAGUCUUUGUUGAAGCUCCAGCCAAACAGGGCUACAGACUGAGCUUUAGAAUAGUCAAUGAAAAUCUAACUAACCCAGACUCUCAGUCUCCAGAGUACAAAGCAGCAGUGGAAAGCAUCACUAACAAGAUGAAUCAGCUGUACCGGCAGAGCGACCUGCGGGGCCAGUUCCUGGGCUGCAACAUCACCCGCCUGAGGGCUGGAUCCAUAGUGGUCGACUGCCAGUGUUUCUUCCACCCUGAACCCAACAUCAACAGGGCCGUGGUUGAAAGGACCUUCCAGGACGGGACUUCCAAUGAAACUGGGCUGUGGCUGGGGAGCAGCUACAGGCUGCAGGAAUUCUCAGUGGACACCUUGGAAUUAGCAAUUGAGGCAGCAACUUACAAAACACCCCUCAAAUCUGGGAAAGAAAACUUUGGCUUGAAUUUCCAGAUCUCCAGCCUGCCCUUCUCGCCACAGCUGCAGGACCCCGGGUCACACGUGUACCGAGUGAACAAAGAGAACAUCGAGAAAGAGCUCGAUGUGUUCAGGACCGGCCGCCUGAAGGAGCACUUUGCCGGUUGUACCGUGGAGAGUUUUGGGCCUGUCCAUGGGAGAGGAUACACAGAAGUCUUCUCCAUCUGCAAGUUCACCCUGGAUCCCCUCUCAGGGUCUUUACAAAAGCAAGAGGUGUUUGAGGAGCUGAAACAACUGACCCAGGGGUUCACCAAACUGGGCCCCAGCUACGAGCUGGAGGAGCAGAGUCUGGUUGUUGAAGGUUAUUCUCCACUCAAGACAAAUGAACCAGAGUCUGAAAGAUCUGAGCUUCAGUUCUGGGCCAUCAUCCUCAUCUGCAUUUUCACCCUGCUUGGCUUCAUCCUCCUCCUCUUCUUAUGCUUCCUGGUCAUCUCUUGCCUGAGAAGAAAGUCCCACUUAUACCAGGUCCAGCAAGGCUUGUAUGGGUUGUACUUCCCACACCUGAGCACAGGAAAAGUGCAUUGACAGAUGAAGUUGGGUCCUCACAGACCUGUUUGUCCACUGAUGAAGGAAGAAUAUUUAUAAAUACUAGAAAAAUGUUUCUUUAAUAAAUUAUUUUCAGCAUUUUCUCUCAUCUUGAGACGAAUCUUUGCACUAUUGCCAGAAUUAUUUUCAUACUACAGGAAACUGCCAAUAAUGCAGAUGCUGAGGAAAGUGGGUUUUUUUAAAGCAUUGCAGUAUUUUAAACUAUUGCACAAUCAACAGAGAAUAAAGACCACGAAAAGGUAAAAUUCUGCUCUACAGAGCUGCAGUUUGCAAGGCCCUUCAGUGUUAACGUCAGUUUUCUGAAAAAGGCUUAAAAUUAUACUAAUUUGUAGAUUUUUGGGGACUGACUGUUGUAGCCUUAGAAAUUUCACCUAGAUUUUAGCUUUGUCACGACUUAGCUUUUGAAAUGUAAAUAUCUUAAAUUAACUAAAAUAUUUCAUAUCUUAAAUUAAUUAAAAUAUUUCUAUUUAUAAUUAUGACAAGAGAUGAGAUACAGAUGCAUUGUUAAAUCUGAGUGGGACGCA